AUGCAGGUAUCCUUCGCCUGCACGGAGCACAACCUGAAGAGCCGGAGCGAGGACCGGCUGUGUGGCCUCCGGACGGCCCCCCCGCCCGGGGGAGGGGGGCAGGGCAACAACGGGAACUACAUCUCCCAGGGCUCGGCCAAGCUGAGGGACGCGCCCGGGUCCCGCCCCACACAGGGCCACGCCCACAUGAAGGAGGCCAUCGGGCGCCACAGCAGCAUGAAGUACAGGAACCUCGGGAAGUCAGGACUACGAGUUUCCUGCCUGGGUUUAGGAACCUGGGUCACGUUCGGAUCCCAGAUCUCUGAUGAGACUGCUGAGAACUUGAUGACCAUAGCGUACGAGAACGGAGUGAACCUGUUUGACACGGCGGAGGUGUAUGCCUCGGGCAGGGCGGAAAUAACGUUGGGCAAUAUCAUCAAGAAGAAGGGAUGGAGACGUUCCAGUUACGUUAUCACCACUAAGAUCUACUGGGGCGGCCAAGCUGAGACAGAGAGAGGACUCUCCAGAAAACACAUUAUCGAAGGCCUGAGAGGGUCUUUGUCCAGACUACAGCUGGAGUACGUCGACAUUGUCUUCGCCAACAGAAACGACGUCAACAGUCCAAUGGAAGAGAUUGUACGAGCCAUGACGUUUGUGAUCAACCAGGGGAUGGCCAUGUACUGGGGAACCUCUCGUUGGAGUGCCAUGGAGAUCAUGGAGGCGUACUCAGUGGCGCGGCAGUUCAACCUCAUCCCCCCGGUGUGCGAGCAGGCCGAGUACCACUACUUCCAGCGGGACAAGGUGGAGGUGCAGCUCCCAGAGCUCUACCACAAGAUAGGGGUCGGAGCGAUGACAUGGUCCCCCCUGGCGUGUGGCCUCAUCACGGGCAAGUACAGCGAGGGCGUCCCCGACUGCUCCAGGGCCGCCAUGAAGGGGUACCAGUGGCUGAAGGAGCGAGUGAACAGUGAGGAGGGACACAGACAGCUGGCCAAAAUCAAAGAGCUCCACCUACUGGCAGACAGGAUGGGCUGCACCGCAGCGCAGCUCGCCAUCGCCUGGUGCCUGAGGAGUGAAGGGGUCAGCUCCGUGCUGCUGGGCGUCUCCACCACUGAGCAGCUGGUCGAGAACCUGGGGGCCCUGAGGGUCUUAACCCAGAUGACCCCGCAGACCAUCGGUGAGAUCGACACGUUGCUGGGAAACAAACCCCACUCCAAGAAGGAGGCGCGGGCCUGAGGGUCAUGUGACCGGCGAAAGACAAAGACCAACGACUGACACCGGGGGAGACAUCAACUCUUCAACCCCGCAGUUUACUCUGAAAAAAAAACGAAUUGCAUGUCCUCUGCAACAUUAUGCUUCCAAUAUUAUGCGCAUAUCCAUUUUUGCGUAUUGUAUCAUGUAUAGAAGAAGACGUUGACAAGGUAAAAAAUAUGGACAAAAGAGAUCUAUCAACGUGAAAACAUAAAGACGAGCCAUCAUAUAGGUAAUCAUUGCUGAUUCUUAA